CUCCUUGGUUUCACAAGCCACACAAGACUUUUACAUCCUAAAAUAUCACAACUCAGUAUCUAUUUCUCAUCCUUUCCUCUAACAUAAAACAAACAAUGGGUUUCCGCAGUAUUAUCAGAAGAACAUCAUUUUCCAAAACCCAAGGAUCUACAAAGGGAUUUGAAGCCCCUAAGGGCUAUCUCGCAGUCUAUGUUGGAGAUAAAAUGAAGCGGUUUGUGAUUCCGGUAUCAUACUUGAACCAACCAUUGUUUCAAGAAUUAUUAAAUCAAGCUGAAGAAGAAUUUGGAUAUGAUCAUCCAAUGGGAGGUCUCACAAUUCCAUGCAGUGAAGAUGAAUUCUUAAACCUCACGUCUCGCUUGAACUGAGCUGUAAAUCAAGCUAAUGGAGAUUUAGAUAGAUUAGUUUAGGCUAAUUUUAACAGAAGCCAUUUUUUCAUUUCAUUUUGUUUGUUCCAUUUCAUGUAUCAAUCAUUCCUACGGAAACAUAAAAUGUUGCCUCAAUGAGAAUGUUGUGACAAAAUAUAUAUAGCAGAAUCAUUAAUCCGUUAUAUUAUACAAUUGUUCUUAUCUCUACUGUAAUGGAAAGGCUGCAAUAAAUGACUUGAGUUUCAAGGUUUCUACAAUCAUUUCAUUUA